AUGGGCACCCACAGCAGUGUGCAGAGGUACCAGGAGCACUGCAUGGGCACCCACAGCAGUGUGCAGAGGUACCAGGAGCACUGCAUGGGCACCCACAGCAGUGUGCAGAGGUACCAGGAGCACUGCAUGGGCACCCACAGCAGUGUGCAGAGGUACCGGGAGCACUGCAUGGGCACCCACAGCAGUGUGCAGAGGUACCGGGAGCACUGCAUGGGCACCCACAGCAGUGUGCAGAGGUACCGGGAGCACUGCAUGGGCACCCACAGCAGUGUGCAGAGGUACCGGGAGCACUGCAUGGGCACCCACAGCAGUGUGCAGAGGUACCGGGAGCACUGCAUGGGCACCCACAGCAGUGUGCAGAGGUACUGGGAGCACGGCGCAGGCACCAACAGCAGCGUGCAGAGGUACCAGGAGCUUGCCAGGACUCCAGGGCACACCAGUCCUACCUGCCCCACAGCUUUUGCUUCCAAUCAUCAUGUCAGACGUGUGGCCACGGGCCAGAGGUUUGUGGUCGGCGCAGGGUCACGAUACAGGGCGUGGCCAUGGCUGUCCAGUGUGCUGCCCGGGGAUGGCGAGGGCUCAGCGACAAGGCUCUUCCUGGUUGGGAAGAGUGGAGCAGAGAAAAGCACCACUGAGAACACUUUCUUCAAAGAACACGUGUUCAAAUCCAAUUUGACCAAGCUGAUGACCGUGAGCUGUGCACAAGCGCAAGGGCUCUGCAAUGGCAAGGACAUCACGGUCAUUGACACGGCCGGUAUUUUUCAUCCAAGAACGGCCAUCAGUGAGGUGUACAAAGAAAUUACUCAUUGCGUCAGGCUGUACUUGCUGGGCCUCCACACACUGCUGCUGGUAACCAAGCUGGGCCAAUUCAUCGAGGAGGACAAGGAGGCCAUGCAGAGACUGCAGGAUACUUUUGGCGCUGAUGUUUUGAGGCACGCAAUCAUCCUACUCACCCAUGCAUAAGACCUGGCGGGGACGUUGCUGCACGAUUACCUGCAGUAUUGAGACAACAGAGCGCUCCAGGACCUCAUCCUGCGGUGUGGGAGCAGGUACUGUGGCUUCAACAGCAGAGCAGUAGGUGCCAAAUGGGAGCAGCAGGUUGUCAAGCUGAUGGGGAUGGUCUACUGCGUGGUGUGGGAGAACGGGGCCAAGUGGUACAGCAACGACAUGUACUUGGAGCCCAGUUUAACGGAAGAGAAAGUGGAGUAUCACAUAGGGAGGUACAAAGCAGAGAGGAAAAUGAUGGAGCAGUCCAGAGCUACACCAUGCAGGAUAAUUGUGGGUUGUGGGAUAAUUCUUUUUGUCCUUGCUCUGUUUUUCCUGAUUUUCCUUAUUUAUGCUGAACUUCUUUAUUUUUUCCUGAUUUCCUUAUUUCGUGGUAGUGAUGAAUCAUAGAGUCACAGGAAUAUUGAGGCUGACAGGGACCUCUGGAGAUCAUCUAGUCCAACUAAAAAGCAGGGUUCCCCAGAGCUGGUUGCCCAGGACUGUGUCCACUUAGGUUUUGGACACCUCCAGGGAUGGAGACUCCACCACUCUCCAGGCAGCCUGUGCCAGCAGUCACCCUCAAAGUGAAAAAAGUUUUCUGAUGUUUAAAUGGAAUUUCACAUGUUUCUGUUUGUGCCCAUCCCCUCUCAUCCUGGCACCGGGCACCACUUGGUCUCCAUCAGGUGAGGACAGGAUCGCCCUCAGCCUCCUCUUCUCCAGGCUGAACAGUCCCAGCUCUCCCAGCCCCUCCUCAUCUGUCAGAUGCUUCAAUGCCCCAGUCAUCUUCACAGCCCUUCACUGCACCCGCUCCAGCGUGUCCACGUCCAUCUGGCACAUGGAGCGCCACAGAUACAUGCUGCUCUCCAGCCCAGGGAGUCCUCAUGUAAUUAUCACUAUUUCCAAGGGAGAUUAUAAAUUAAAAUACUUCAAACCCACCAUUCCUGGCCUGGCACCAUCCUACCACGCUGCCACACACAGCCCUGGGCGCCCUGAUUUACUGCUGUGCGUGCAGUCGCUGCUGCCACUGCUCUUGGAGAAGCCACCAAACGCUUGCUUAUCAAGUGUGAUAGAGACACGAGGGCUGGUUGGGAAGGGAGAGAAGAGAUGGUGGCAGCCCUUCUCUGCCGGGCCAGGAGUGCAAGGGUGGCUGUGGGACCUGCACUGUUCCUCAGACCAAAGCAGUCCCUGCCCCAGGGCACGGUGUCAGGACCUAUCACCCUUCCCCUGCCUCCGAUGUCCAUCAGGGAGCUGCAGCUGGGGUCAGCUGGGCAGGGGACAUUUUGUUUUCCUCCCUAGGUCAGUGAAAAUAUGAGAUGAGGGAAGACCCAUGCAGAUGGCCUGGGAAGUCUGGCAGGGCCUUUGCCUGCGGCACUGGGGUCUCUCCCUGGUGUCUUGGAGCUUUCAGCUCUGUCCCGCAGUGCUGGUCCCAUGGGUGCGGACACGGGGGACAACAGUGAUCUCCUCUCAGCUCCAGGCCAGUUCAUCUGGGUUUCCUGUGCAAUGCAGUUGCAUUUCAGUGACCUCGGCAGAGCCACAGACGCCUUGAGGGUCGGCAAAAGGCUCCACAGAGCUGAGAGCAUCAGCAAAGCACCAGGGUAAAAGAGGGGGGGUCCUCCCAGAGGGAUCCACUGCAGAGUGGGCAAGAGAUGGGUCUGUGCGGGGCCAUGGCCGGGGCCAGUGCCCACGGUGGCUCCAAGAACAGCACUGGGAGUGUUUGAUGCCGGCACUGGAGAUGUCUCCUGAGCCAGGGAAAGUCCAGCCUGGUGGCUCAGUGGGAAACCAGCCCAGGGUGUGAGCCCGCUACCAAAGGUCCUGUGAACAGGCUUUUUCCAUGGCUGCAGUGAGCUCUAGGCAUUGCAGAUAACAAAGCUCAGGGCAGGCGAAGGGAAGCAUGGAUAACCUCAGCUUUUGCAGAAAGGGCAGCUCCCCUUCCUCACCCCCGGCCCAUCCUCCCUAAACAGGAAGGAGAGGGAGGAUGCUGUUCCCCUGCCUGUGGCCCACAACAUCCCCUGCAGUGCAGUGCCUGCUGAGUUGGCAGGGCUGAAACUCCUCUGCUCCCUGGGGAGUGGGGACUGAUCGCCCUCCAUUUGAGCCUCCCGGGGCUCAGCAUCACAGUGAAAAACAGUUGUGAAA